AUGGAUACGGCGGACAAGCGUGCUGCAGAGAAAAUCGACGUGGACGCAGCCGAACUCAGCCAGUUCUCCCGUCAGCUGGGCAGCUACCAUGCGACCGAACUCAUGGGCACAUGCCAGUGGAAACUAGGUGUGGCUAUGCCUAACUUCCAAUAUCUUGUUCUCCCGACCCCGACCCUCAGCUGCACAGUCCCGUUAACCUGGAAGGAGUUCACGAAGGCGAAUUGCGAAAAGUCCAAGAAAUAUCGACAGGCCAGCACCAAGCUACGCGAGGAAGCCGUAUGGUACAGCAGAACAGUUGUGGACGCAUUGGCCAGGCGCUGGGCGGAAGCAAGUGCUGCCCUGUCGGCGCGCAUCCGGGAGGUGACGAUGGCAAAAUGCGAGAUCGGGGCGAGUCUUGAGCAGGUAAUGGCUGAGAUUGCGGAAGUGGAAAGCAACAUUGCAAUGUUGAGAAAGAGCAUUGCGGACAAAGAGGAGCCGAGACGAAUUGCGGAGACCCGGCUCAGUCUGAGAUUGAAUCGUAAACGUUAUGAGAACUGCCAGGAUUCUGCUUAUACAAGUCUAACGCAAUCACCGAAGGUCCCGGGUUCAAAUCUCGGGGCUGCCAACCCUGAAUUUGGGUAUGACUGGCUGAUGACGGCUAAUAAGCCAGAAAUGGCCAUUCCGGUGCAAUUAGCGAAGGUCCCGGGUUCAAAUCUCGGGGGUGCCAACCCUCGAGAACAAUGA